AUGACGUACGAAUACGUGCACCAAAGCGAGGUCCCCUCCCCAGGUUUGAUAUUUGACGGCGAAACCUAUAGCGUCGAUUGCGAUGGCGACGGGCCGGCGGAUGAGCCCAACUCCAACGGUAUCUCCAAAGCCACCGUAUCAAUUCCCACCAAAGAAUACGCUAUCCACUUAAUCCAUGUCGUCAAAUUCCACUGCUGCCACCUCUUUCAUCUAUAUGACGAACAGGAGUUUAUGGGGUACUUGGAUGCUUUCUACUCGCAAUCACCACGAGCCACACCAAGCACGAGGAAGGAGAGGCUUUGGUACAUUCAGUUCCUUCUCUUACUCGCUUUUGGGAAAGCAUUUGUCUCAAGAAGGUGCCAUGGUAGGCGACCGCCGGGUGUGGAGCUUUUCACCCGAGCCCUGGAGCUGCUGCCCAGCACAGUAACCUUGUCGAGAGAGCCCAUGAUGUCGGUGGAAAUUCUAAGUUGUUUGGCGCUGUAUAUCCACUGUCUCGACUACAGGAUCUCAGCAUACAACUAUAUUGGCCAGGCCAUAAGGCUGGCCAUGUGCAAUGGCAUGCACGGGUAUGUGGACCCCCACCAAGUCGGCCAAGACGUUGCUCAAAGAUAUCAAAAGAUAUGGGCGACCGUUUAUGUUCUCGAUUGCGAACUUGAAAUGACGUCGUGGCAAGGACUGGCUCCGUCCGUCAAUAGCGAGGACAUCGGUACGCCCUUGCCGACAUCUCUCGACGAUCCUGGCCUCGCCAGCGCCCUUGCCAUGCGUGUUAAAUUAUCCCGAGUCAUUUCUCGUGUGAAUAAAUCAAUCUACGGUCCGGACGGGCGGCUGGAUGGCAAGUUUCUUAUGCGAACCAAGGAAGCAUUGCCGGGAAUUGCAGAGCUUACCGACACACUCCAGCGAGACUUUCCUCUUGUUCUCGACGAUGCAGCUACAGGAAUUUCUAGGAAAUCUGCUCAUAUACAUCUGCUCUAUCACCAGUGCAUCAUCCUUGCCACGAGGCCUUUGUUGUUUUGUCUGCUGAAGCUUCGGUUGGAUCGAGGGAAGUCCAGCGGGGACCUUUCUCCUCCGUCACCGACAGUCCAGGGGCUCGUACAGAUGUGCCUGGACUCUUGUUUUCAAAUCAUUCGGAUUCUAGAGUGCCUGCAACAUCAAGAGCUUCUAGAAACGUUCCUCAUAUUUGACCUCGAGGCACUCUCCAUAUCUACUACAAACAUUUUGCUGGCGCCUGCGAUCGCCACUGGGCCAGCGCCAAAUCAAAAUCUAAUGCUACAAAAAGCAUAUUCCGUCUUUGACGAAAUCGUCGCCAACGGCAACAGAAUAGCGAAACUGAUGCGCCCCGAGCUGCAACAGCUGGACCAGCUCCUCUCGGAUGUCUCACAAGACAACCGGCCCACGUCGGGUGAUAAGGCUGAUACGCAGCCCCAAAUUUGCGCCGAGGCAUCCGCGGUGCAUACUGCAAUGCCACCUCUGGACCCGGCGUUGGCGCAGGGGGAGCUGGUUGACCCACUGCCUGGGAUUGCUUUUGGAGGGGAUGGAUUUGGGGGCAUUCUUUCCGCCGACCAAAUCAUGGACUUGGCAAAUGCCAUCAAUAUGGACCAUGCAGAAUGGAUGUUACAGGCCACGAGGAGUCCAGACAUGUAG